AUGAGAGUAUUAACCCCACGACAGCGGCUCCUAACACGCACGCGACCAUGCCUUACCGCAUCCUCAUGCCUGCCGGCCAGGAGGACCUUUGCGACCACGCAGGACAUUGAGCAGAAAGAUGCCGAGAUGCGCAGGCUUCUGCCCAAGUCGAUCAAGCCCGAUACUUACCGCAAGCUUCACGACAACCUCCUCAAGGUUCGCCACGUCCUCGGACAGCAGCGCCUAACCCUCGCCGAGAAGAUCCUGUACAGCCAUCUCGACAAUGCCGAAGAGUCGCUUCUUACGAACACCGAGAACGGACGCAACAUCCGUGGCAGCGCCAACCUCAAGCUCAACCCGGAUCGAGUCAACAUGCAGGACGCUUCUGCGCAGAUGGCUCUGCUGCAGUUCAUGUCCUGCAACCUGGCCCAGCCCGCCAUUCCUGCCAGUAUCCACUGCGACCACUUGAUUGUUGGCUCCAAGGGCGCUGAGAGCGAUUUGGUUGAUGGCAUCAGUGUGAACAAGGAGGUUUUCGACUUUUUGGAAUCGGCUGGACGCAAGUACGGCAUGGACUUCUGGCCCCCUGGUGCUGGUAUUAUUCACCAGACGGUCCUCGAGGUGUACGCUCUUCCGGGUAUCAUGAUGCUGGGAACCGACUCUCACAGCCCUAAUGCCGGCGGUCUGUCUACCAUCACCAUUGGUGUUGGUGGUGCCGACGCCGUUGAGGCGCUCGUUGGUGCCCCGUGGGAGCUCAAGGCGCCCCGCGUCCUCGGUGUUAAGUUGACGGGCAAGCUGAACGACUGGGUUUCUCCCAAGGACGUUAUCCUCAACUUAGCCGGCAAGCUUACUGUCCGAGGUGGAACCGGAUUCAUCGUCGAGUACUUCGGUGAGGGCGUCGAGACGCUCAGCGCUACUGGUAUGGCAACUAUUUGCAACAUGGGCGCCGAAGUCGGCGCUACGACCUCGAUCUUCCCCUACACUAAAGCCUCAGAACGCUACCUCCUGCAAACCCGCAGAGAGCCCCAGCACCGUGCCCUCGAGGGCUACAAGAACUGGGGAAGUUUCAACUUCAGAGCCGACGAAGGCGCCGAGUACGACCAAGUUAUCGAAAUCAACUUGUCUGAGCUGGAGCCCCACAUCAACGGCCCCUUCACUCCCGAUUUGGCUACCCCCCUGUCGCAGUUCAAGAGCACCAUUCAACAAGAGCAAUGGCCGGAGGCUUUGUCCGCCGGCCUCAUUGGCAGCUGCACCAACAGUUCCUACGAGGAUAUGACCAAGGUCGAGAGCAUGGUCAAGCAGGCUGAGGCUGCUGGCUUGAAGCCCAAGGCCCCUUUCUACAUUACCCCUGGUAGCGAGCAGAUCCGUGCUACUCUUGAGCGUGACGGUACCCUGCAGACCCUCGAGGGAGCUGGCGGCAUUGUUCUCUCCAACGCAUGCGGCCCUUGCAUCGGUCAAUGGAAGCGUCAAGACGACAUCCCCAAGGGCGAGCUCAACGCCAUUUUGACGUCCUACAACCGCAACUUCCGCGGCCGUAACGACGGCAACCCUGGAACCAUGAAUUUCCUUGCCUCCCCCGAGAUUGUCACCGCCAUGGCAUAUGCUGGAUCUACCACCUUCAACCCCAUGACCGACAAGCUGCAAACCUCCGACGGCAAGGAAUUCCGCUUCGAUCCCCCGCGUGGUCUUGAGAACCCCAAGACCCCCUUCGAGUCCGGCGUCGCCUCCCUCCAGUCCAUCUCCCCCGAGAAGCCUAACCCCGACGUCAAGGUCGCCAUCUCCCCGACCUCCGAGCGUCUCGCCUUCCUCGAGCCCUUCCCCCCCUUCCCCGAGGGCGACAUUACCGGACUCAAGGUCCUCGUUAAGGUCACCGGCAAGUGCACUACCGACACCAUCUCUGCCGCCGGCCCCUGGCUCAAGUACAAGGGCCACCUGGCCAACAUCAGCACGAACACCCUCAACACCGCCGUCAACAAGGAGACCGGCGAGGUCAACGCUGCCUACGACGUCGACGGCUCCAAGCACACCAUCCCCGAGCUCGCCCAGCGCUGGAAGGAGCGCGGCCAGGAGUGGCUCGUCGUCGCCGAGCACAACUACGGCGAGGGCAGCGCGCGCGAGCACGCCGCCCUCCAGCCCCGCUACCUCGGCGCCCGCGUCGUGUUGACCAAGUCCUUCGCCCGCAUCCACGAGACCAACCUCAAGAAGCAGGGCGUCGUGCCCCUGACCUUCGAGAACGAGGCCGACUACGACAAGAUCUCCGCCUGCGACGAGGUCAGCACCGUCGGCCUGUACGAGAUGCUGCAGAACGGCGGCAAGGGCAAGGUCCAGCUUCUCGUCAAGAAGAAGGACGGCUCCGAGGUUCUCAUCCCCACCCUCCACGCCGUCACCAAGGACCAGGCCGGAUUCAUCCUCGCCGGCAGCGCGCUGAGCAUGCUUGCCAAGCGUAACCAGGCGUAG